UUAUUUACAUCUUCUUUUGAACAUCGACAUUUCUAUUUAGUUAAGAUUUUUAUAUGUAAGACCAACAACAACCACAACCAUUGAUUGAUUGAUUGAUUGAUUGGGAGUAUUCCUCCCAAGGUCAGAGCAGUAUUGGAUCUGAUAACAGCCUGAAGACCUGGAGCGGUAAAAUACUGUAAUCUGAUGGGCCGUAUUUUACUAUUUUUACCUACAAUCUAUUUGCUUGCUUUACUAUCAUUUUAUUCAGAUUAUACAUCUUGCAGGCCUAUAGUGAUGAAGAGAGUAGUUCAUUUCACUCACAUUAUGUAAUGCAGAAUUUUUUCUUUGUUAGUUUUGUAGGAAAUUGUGAGAUUGAUUUGGAGAUCAAACGAUAUUUUUGUAGAGCUGGUGUGAAAAGUAUCCAGAUUCAUGGCACCAUGCGGGUGAUGCUGGAGCCGUUGAUCGGAGACAUGCCCUUAGUUGGAGCUUUGUCUGUCUUCUUCCUUAGGAAACCACUUUUAGAAAUUAACUGGACAGGACUGACGAAUCUUCUGGAUAUCCCUGGAUUGAAUGGUUUAUCAGAUACUAUCAUUUCGGAUAUGAUAUCAAAUUAUCUGGUGCUUCCCAAUCGAAUCACCGUUCCACUUGUCAGUGAAGUUCAAAUAGCUCAGCUGCGGUUUCCUGUACCAAAGGGUGUUCUAAGGAUACAUUUUAUUGAAGCUCAGGACCUUCAGGGGAAAGAUACUUACCUUAAGGGACUUGUCAAGGGAAAGUCAGACCCCUAUGGAAUCAUUAGAGUUGGCAACCAAAUCUUCCAAAGCAAAGUCAUCAAGGAGAACCUCAGUCCAAAGUGGAAUGAAGUCUAUGAGGCUUUAGUGUAUGAACAUCCUGGACAAGAAUUAGAGAUUGAGCUCUUUGAUGAAGACCCAGACAAGGAUGACUUUUUAGGAAGUCUUAUGAUUGAUCUCAUUGAAGUUGAAAAGGAGCGCCUUUUAGAUGAAUGGUUCACUCUGGACGAGGUUCCCAAGGGGAAGCUACAUUUGAGACUGGAGUGGCUCACGUUAAUGCCAAAUGCAUCAAACCUGGAUAAGGUGCUAACAGACAUCAAAGCUGACAAAGACCAAGCCAACGACGGUCUUUCUUCUGCAUUGCUGAUCUUGUACUUGGAUUCAGCAAGGAACCUGCCGAGUAACCCAUUAGAAUUUAACCCUGAUGUCUUGAAGAAGACCGCAGCUCAGAGAGCUUUGAAGUCAGGGAAGAAAAUAAGCAGCAACCCAAAUCCUGUUGUCCAGAUGUCAGUUGGGCACACGGCCCAGGAGAGCAAGAUUCGAUACAAAACCAAUGAACCAGUGUGGGAGGAAAACUUCACUUUCUUCAUUCACAAUCCCAAGCGCCAGGACCUUGAAGUUGAGGUCAGAGACGAGCAGCACCAGUGUUCCCUGGGGAACCUGAAGGUCCCCCUCAGCCAGCUGCUCACCAGUGAGGACAUGACCCUGAACCAGCGCUUCCAGCUCAGUAACUCGGGUCCAAACAGCACCAUCAAGAUGAAGAUUGCCCUCUGGGUGCUCCAUCUGGAAAAGCGAGAAAGGCCUCCCGACCACCAACACUCAGCUCAAGUCAAACGUCCCUCUGUGUCCAAAGAGGGGAGGAAAACAUCCGUCAAAUCUCAUAUGUCUGGGUCUCCAGGCCCUGGCGGCAGCAACACAGCUCCAUCCACACCAGUCAUUGGGGGCAGUGACAAGCCUGGUGUGGAAGAAAAGGCCCAGCCGCCUGAGGCCGGCCCUCAGGGGCUGCACGACCUGGGCAGAAGCUCCUCCAGCCUCCUGGCCUCCCCAGGCCACAUCUCGGCCAAGGAGCCCACCCCCAGCAUCGCCUCGGACAUCUCGCUGCCCAUCGCCACCCAGGAGCUGCGGCAACGGCUGAGGCAGCUGGAAAAUGGGACGACCCUGGGACAGUCUCCACUGGGGCAGAUCCAGCUGACCAUCCGGCACAGCUCGCAGAGAAACAAGCUCAUCGUGGUCGUGCAUGCCUGCAGAAACCUCAUUGCCUUCUCUGAAGACGGCUCUGACCCCUACGUCCGCAUGUAUUUAUUACCAGACAAGAGGCGGUCAGGAAGGAGGAAAACACACGUGUCAAAGAAAACGUUAAAUCCUGUGUUUGAUCAAAGCUUUGAUUUCAGUGUUUCAUUACCAGAGGUGCAGAGGAGAACACUCGACGUCGCCGUGAAGAACAGCGGCGGUUUCCUGUCCAAAGACAAAGGGCUCCUUGGCAAAGUAUUGGUUGCUCUGGCAUCUGAAGAACUUGCCAAAGGCUGGACCCAGUGGUAUGACCUCACGGAAGACGGGACGAGGCCUCAGGUGAUGACAUAGCCACACCAGGCAGGAGGGGUCCUCUGCAGCAUAGCUCCUCAACCUCUGCCCGGAACACCCCCUCUCACAGACGUACCAAUGUUAUUUUUAUAAUUUCAUGUAUUUAGUUAUACAUACCUUAAUAGUUUUAUAAAGUUGUUGACAUUUUAGGCAAAUUUGGCCAAUAUUAUCAUUAAAUUUUAUAUGUUGGAUUUCCUCUAGGGUUUUGCCAGUUCCUACAACGUGCAAUAGGGUGGUGGUAGCUCUUGUGUCUGUGGACUCUGCUCAGCUGUGUCCAUAGGGGCCGGAUGUGUCUGUGCUUUACUAUGGCCUUGUUUAUAUAUCACUGAGGUAUACUAUGCUAUGUAAAUAGACUCUAUUUUUUAUAAUCUUUACAUGCUGGUUGAAAUUCAGAAGGAAUAGAUCAAGGAAAUAUAUAUAUUUUCUUCUAAAACUUAUUAAAUUCUUGUGACAAAUAAUCAUUUUCAUCUUUGCGGCAAAAAGUUCUCAGUGACCUAUUUUGUGGUGUUUCUUUUUAAGAAGAAAAGCUGAAAGAUUAUUAAAUGUUAGUAUGUUUCUGCCCAUUAUGAAUGAUAAAAUAAAGUAUUCAAAAUAUUAACAGUUUCAUAAAUAUAAGGAUGUAUUACUGAGAAGUUGAAGGGCUUAUGAGGAAAAAUGUUUUAUAACUGAGUAAUAUAAGAUAUUAAGAGAAUUAUGGUUCAUAAAUCAUAUCGUACUAAUCUGAAAUUUCUUAUAUAAAAUGAAAUCUUAUGUUUAUUUUAAUUGCUGUUGUAACUAACUCAUGAAACAGUCUACAGACACCUUGUACUUUUCCUAGACUAUAAGAACAGACUUUCCGUGUUAGCCAUUAAGCUACUGUCAAAUAGUCAGUCAUGAGCGUUGUUAAUUUUCAGUGUUUUCCCAGCCUAUAAAAAAAAGGAAGGUGCACGCUGCCCUUAAAGGUUGUGAGGUAGAUUGGGAUAAGCAGACAGGACAUUGCAUUGAAAAUUGGAAGCUCGAUCUCGUUCUAGUCAGGAGCAGCCAGCGUGACCUCACACAUAGGAUGGGGGACGUGUGAGCCGAUGUGCACUGGCCACCACCAGGGUUGGGGGCGCCACAGCUGUGAGCCCGGCCCCUGCUGUUCUCAGCAGCCAUUUCCCAGGCUGCUUCCCUUUAUGCCGUGACUAACCUUAAUAUUGGGAUAUUGUUACGCAGUUUUUAUUCUGUUUAGACUAUUAAAAGCAUGUUUAUGUACUUAGGAGUCCCCCAGACCUCCUGUGAGGUGAGGCUCUGUUGCAGUAUCUGUAAAGAAAGGAUGCACAUAUGUAGACGAUUAAGUGUAUAUUAUAAGCUGUAUGCUGAAAAUAGCUUCCAUAGCCAUGAGAACAUCUUAAAACUAUGUAUAAAUAUAUUAAGGAAAAUAGAGCUUUGUAAUUUAAAUUGGAGCUCUUAGCUUGUUUAAUGGAACUACACAACUUGUGGGUAACUCACGUGACCAAACAAACCGAAGUGCCUGUGACAGAGGCCGGUAGCCAGUGGCUGUCUGCCCACCCUCCCUUCUAGCAGAUUUCGAUUUUGCUUCCAUUUGUAACCUACCCUUGGCCGGUGGCUGUCUCCCCACCCUCCCUUCUAACAGAUUUUAAUUUUGUUUCCAUUUAUAAUUUCCACUUUGAACCAUGGGUUUACUUAGAAUGAGUCUGUAGCUUCACAGCAUAUUUCAUGUAAUCAUAAAGACCAGUAUACUCUGUCUCCUACUGAAUGACAUUUGACUGUAAAGCCUCUUGAUAAACCAUUUCCACUGUUAGUAUAUAGGAUUUGGGAAGCAUAUCAGCACCUUUAUAGACACAUAUGUACGCGUAUGCACACAAAACAUUUAUGGUAUUUAUGGAAGACAGGUGAUAACAUUAAAUCUAGUUGCUUUCCCAUAGUAUUAGAUUUGUUGAAAGUUUUUUAAAAAUCAGGUCUGUUGAAAGUCUUCUGUCAUAAUCUAUAAAGAAGCAGCACUCAUCGAAACUGUAGCAUGCCAGUAAUUUUUACCAACAUCCCAUCCAUCUGAGUUCUGCAGUCCUGUGUGUAACCCGCUCUGUGUGUAUUUUGCUUAAUGGAAGGCUUUAUUUAAGCACUUAGGCAGAGUAGACACAAUUAAAGGUACAAGCCCAGAGGAAGGUUGAGCAGCACCGUGCCUGCCCCGAGGCAGUGGAAUCGGAAACGCUGUCUCCAGGGCCUUGAGUGCCUGGAGGUUCUUGGCCUCCAGUAGCCGUCUCCUUUCUCUUUGAAAGAAAGGAAAGAAGGAAAGGGGGGUGAUUCUGAGGCACUGAAGUACCUCCCAGACAUGGAGGAGAGAAGCCACCCUCGAGGCCGCACUCAGCACUCCAGGAUCCCAGUGAUGUCAGACACUCUUGAGUUCUCAGAAUGUUAAUUUUCAGUUUUAAAUAAUUAGUUUAUCUAAGAAAAGGGAAUUUUAACUUUUCUACCUUGAGUCAAGCCAAUGAAGGGAAAAAUGAAUUAACUUGGUAAAUUCGAAGUGCAGCUCUGUUAGCUCGUACAUGUGGGUUCUUAUCCUGAUCCUGUGCCUUAAAGUAGGAAGGUGUUUCCAAGUUCAGAUUAAAACAGAAGCAGCUGACUGGGCCUGGUGGCUCACACCUGUAAUCCCAGCACUUUGGGAGGCCAAGGUGGGCGGAUCACCUGAGGUCAGGAGUUCAAGACCAGCCUGGCCAACAUGGUGAAACCCCGUCUUUACUAAAAAUACAAAAAUUAGCCAGGCGUGGUGGUGGAGUGCACACCUGUAAUCCCAGCUACUACUCAGGAGGCUGAGGCAGGAGAAUCGCUUGAACCCAGGAGGUGGAGGUUGCAGUGAGCUGAAAUCGCACCACUGUACUCCAGCCUGGGCGACAGAGUGAGACUCCAUCUCAAAAAAUAAAUAAAAUAGAAGCAGCCUUGUAACUGUAUUUACCAUGAUAGUAUAUUCUGCACAGUAAAAAUUCCUUUUACAGACAUUCUUUAUCGAGGUCGGCCCUUCUUUUUCAGGCACCUAAGCCAAAUGCAGACCUGUGUGUAGCUGUGUGUUUUCUUCUGCGUUUGCCGCAUUUAUUCCACCUCCAGCUGGACCCCCCACUGCAAAUAGAGAACAACGGUGGGGGGUGCGGGUUAAAAAGUAGAGAAUGUCCUUUCUGUUCAACUAAUUUCACAUGACAGUGCAUGUAUUUAUUCAAUAAAACUUUUACGUUAGCUCACUCA